CACGUUGUGUGUUCUUGCCCUUGAAAGCCUCGGCGGACCUGCUUCUGUGAUAUUUCUCGUGACUUCGUUUCGCCUCCCGCGUUCAGGACUUACCCGGUCUGGUGACGUGUGGCUGCAGCACAGCCGACUUGUGUGGUCCCGUCUGUGUGUGUCUUCCCCGCAGGUGAACGGCGCCAUGGGGUUUCUACUGUCUAAAUCCAUGGAUGCAAACUUUAAAAAGCAGCAAGAAUUCAUGCUCCACAAUUCACGGCUGCAGAUGGAGCGACAGAUGCUGAUGCAGAACCAGAUGAGAGAGAGGCAGACGGCCAUGCAGGUCGCCUGGUCCAGAGAAUUCGUCAAAUACUUUGGGACGUUCUUCACGGUGACGACAGCUGGUCUCACCUUGGGUGCCCUGAAAGUAAAGAAACCCUUCCUAUUGGCUCCCAUCGUCCCUCUCGGCUUCGUAUUGGCCUUCCAGAUGGACGCCGCCUAUGGGACUCUUAUUUAUCGCAUGAGAGGGGAGGCUGAGAGUAUCAUGACUUCUGAACACGACCGUCUGGACCUUCCUCAUGGGACUCCAAAUUUUGAGAGCAUAGAAAUAGCUCGCCGCGCUCAGAGCAGCCUCGCCUCCUUUUUGGAGAAAUGACUCGUUUGUCAUCUGUGAGGCGGCGAUGACCGUCCAGCCCACGCAGUCACCCGUCCUGCUUGUCUGCCCUUUUGACAUUAUUGAGUCUAUGUUGGCACUAAUUCUUUAUCAUGGACCUUGGGUCAAAUAAGUCAAUAUUAAUGAAUAUGAAACAUUUUAUUUUUGUGUUGGUUGUUGUUGUAAGAGGUGCAUAAGUGGCCAAACACAUGGACUUCGGCCAAACUGAAUACUUGUUGGUUAGUAUUCAGAUACAUCCCUAACAUAAAUAUUUACAUUAAUUAGAUUAAAUAAUUUUUAUGUAAUUCACUCCAGGUUAUUGGAUACUGAUUAUUGAGCUGUGUCCCAAAUCCAGAUUAUAUACAAAUUCUAUUCAGUAUAUACUGAAGACUAAUCUACACGUUAUUAUACAAAAAUAUCAACUUACUUCACCAUAUUAUACUAAUACUGAAUGGUACAGUAUGUGUGAGAUUAGAUGUCAAUCAAACUGCAACUUCAGAAGAUUACUUUCAUUUAAACUUCACAAACGUUGAGUUUAAAGGUCUCUACACACCGAGGGGCGGCAACCAAAUGACACAAGUGCAAAAUAUGUAUAUAUUCUGAAUAUUUAGAAUCAAAGCUAUUCAUACGGGCAGCAAUGUAAAUGUGUGAUAGUUGCGACACUUGACGGUUUAAAUAGAUUGCCUUUUUUAUUUUUUAUUACGUUGAAAGGAAUAAAACCGUUUUCAGGCUUUGUUUGGACGACAGAGCCUCCGUGGCGGUGUACACGGCGGUGUAGGUAUUAUAUGCAGUACGACCGCUCCGCACCAUGUCAUUGGUGGAUGUCUUUAUUUGCUGUAUCAAAACCAAAACAUUUCUGAAAUUUGUACACUUUAAUACUGCGUAAUAUUUGCAACGUACUACUAACACAAACAGCUGUUCAAAGGAAUAAAUUGGCAAGUUAAUUUAUUGUCAGCAAAAUACAUCAACGGAUUUAAUUCUUAAUUGUGUUUUCAAAGAUUCAAACUGUUCAAUCAACCAUAUUUAGUAAGCACGCAGUUUGGCUGGACUCUUUGUAACUUUUCCAAAUUGAACAAACCACAAACUAAAAAGCAGUUUAGUUUAUGUAAUCUGGAAUUGGGACACGGGAUCAACAGGAUGUUUGCCUGAGCUGCAUUAAGCCAUGUUUACCACGAGAGGGCAGAUACUUUGAACACGCCGUCACAGUAACGUCACGGCAACAUUAGUUAUUGUGUAGUAAACAUUUUCACAUCAGGCUGAAGCAAAUCAACAUGAACAUCUCUGUGUAUAUUUUCUUUCCACCUGACACGGAGAAAUGUAAUAUUCAUAAUGUUUUUUUAGCUCACAAGCUUUUUGUUUUCACACGCCGGAUGCUUAACUUUUGUCUUUUACAUUAGAGGUGUUUUCUGCCAGGCAGCUAACUAGUGCACUCCUUGUCAAAGCAAUAAUCAAAGCAGAUUCAUAAUGAUCAAAAUGUAAAUGGAAAAGAUAUUCAACACUGCAGACAUUUGUCAUGAAUAUUGUUUUGAAUCCAAACUAUCACUAAAACAUUUGAGAAUUGUUUCUGAAAGAAUUUAUUUGCCACGGUCGAAUAUGAGUGUGCAGGAGCUUUAAGGGGCGCCAGUUGUAGUAACAUAUUACAAGGGGAUGAUAUUUAUGCGUUGUUUAUUUUUCGGAAUUUCAACUCAUUUUUGACAUCAGGGAAACUAUAUUUGAAAAUCCAAUAAAAAAAUAUUGCAAAUACUU